UCUGAUGGGGAGGUCAAUCAAUGAACAUGACCAAAAUGUAGACAUGGCAUUUCUUGCCGAAAUCAUGGAAGUCAAUGAAGAGAUAGCUGAUGCUAAAACUAAACCGGAAUUACUGAAAAUUGAUGACAAGAAUAAAACAAAACUUGACCAGCUUGUGCAUGAUUUAUCCAAGGCAUUUUCUAAAAAUGACCUGGACACUGCUAGAGAACUCCUCAGAAAGAUGAAGUAUUAUGUUAACAUUGAAAUGAAAAUUAAAGAGAAGUUAAUGCCGACUGCAUCGUAAAUUAUUGGAUUCAAAGGUGACUGUAAAUAUUUGAAAGCAUAAUGGAGCCUGUACAGAACAACAAUGUUACAUAUAGUAUUGCAAUGGAUUGAUGUAUAAAAAUAGUUUUCCCACAAUCCUUCAAAGCGGUGAUGAUUUUUUUCCUUCACUCAGUCUAAAAAUGCUGCAAGUUUUUGUAUUAUCUCUCAUUUUUAGGGUCAUAGUGGAUUAUUUAUAGCUCAGGUAUGUUGGCAUGGUAACUAGUUUGGAAUAGUAAGAGAAGUAGUACUUCUAAACGAUUAAUCACUUCUCUGGCGAAUAUUGUUUGUCCUGAUUUCGAAAUCUUACUAAAAGAAAACUGAUGUAAUUAUAGAACGUGGUACAGUGUGCGACUUUUUAGUGAUUUUUUUAUGAAUCGUGUUAUCAUUUCAAUGCCACAGCAGUUAUAAACAUGUCUGUCUUUCUUUAGUUUUUAUUUACUCGUUCACUUGUCUGAAUCGAGCAUCACAUGACAUGAUGCCAUUUGAAACACGCGCCGUGCCAAUCUGUAGUCAUUUGUCAAUGUUUUUGAGAGAUUUACGAUAUUUUAAAUGAACGAUUACAUAACCAAAUAUUGCUUUAAAAUUAUCUACAUAAUUUUUGUCACAUAAGCACAUCUUCACUAGAUUGGACAACUUGCAUGUAUUGGUAUUUACGGUAGUUACUGACAAUAACUUUGUGCCAAAAUGUUUUUACUUUCGAUUGGAACGCUUUCAGAAUUGUAGAAAAUCACAGCACGCUGUGUGUGCAUGUUUAAAAAACACAUUCCUUGUCUUGAAAAUUACAGUAGUGAUACCUGAAUAUAAACUGCAAAUAUAUCUAAAAAAGCAACUUAAUACAGAAAACAAGUCAGCCUCAUAUCUAAACUACAAAAGCAAAACCUGUACAAAAAAAUUUGUUUGUUGUGAUUUAGGUUUUUGGGUUGUCCAUUUUUAGACAUCAGUUUUGACAAAAUCAAAUUUGUUGGGGCUUUCGAUAUAUAACCUACUAGAUAUGACCGAUAUGUUUUUUACCUACUGCUGCAUUACAUUUGAAUGUACACCAUAGUAUUUACAUGGGAAUGAAGAUGAAACCAGAUACCAGAAGAACAUAGGCAUUUUUGUUCCAGGAUGUGUAACCUUUAGGGGUCAUGGAAUGUUAUUGCAAUAGCCAGUAUUUUUUGGGGUUGUUUUUUUCCCUAUAUAUGUUUCAACUGUAUUAUAAUGCAUAUUUUACUGGAAUGUUUUGUACUUAACCUGUCAGUGCACUGAGUUAUCAAAAACGGCUUUAUCUGAUUGUAGUCAUAUUAGUGACGAUAAAGCCGAAUAAAAUACUGUUAAACAACAAAA